GAUUAUUAGUCUGAUUUUGUUGUCUCAGUCGUUCGCACUGUUGACGCUAGAAAAAAGCGCGUACUUAAUAUGUGAACAUAAGCAAUACGUCUUAAUAAUAAUUAAUAUGUAAAUUACUGUCGUAUACAGCUGUUUUAAUUUUAAUUUACCCACUGUUCCUAACGUACUUAAUCCACCAACACAACUUGUCUCUUGUCGCGCCGUCUCUGUCUGUCUCGUUCGUCUUGUGUAUUGUGUGUGCUUGUUUUCUUAUUCUUCUGGCGUCUUUAUUGGAAUACAUACAAACAAAAUGGGUGCUUUCUCAAGGAAUUUGGACGCCGCUUUCGCCGCAACUGAGAAGACACCCCAGUACUGCUCAAGAUGUCUGUGUGGCACACAACAAGCUCAGCUGGUGUUGGCCUAGAGACGCUCAACGCAACCUCAGCAUCCAAUCAAUUGCAACAACUGCAACAGCAGCCACAACAACAGCAACAACAACAACAAUCGACGACGCCAGCGUCAAUCAAAGCCCUACGCCAUUCUGCCGGCAAUUUGAACUUGAGUACAUUCGUACACCCAAUUGGCAGUGAGAUUAACACGUCAGCGAGCGCUCAACAUUUUCAGCACGUCGUCGCCGCCGCCGUCGCAGCAGCAACAACAAUAGCAACUGGUCAACAGCACCAAAAUCAGCAGUUGCAUUUCCAUCCAUACAACAAUAACAAUCACAACAACAAUAAUAAUAAUCACUUUGGCAGUAGUUCGGGCAGCAGCAAUAACGGUAACGGCAACGGCGGUGCUUUCGCCUUCAAACGUUCCAGCUUUAGCAACUCGGCAUCACAGCUGCCAACAUCCAGUCAGAAUCUCUCAAAGUUGUUGUUAUUGUUGUUGUUUCUGUCGUCGCAGGCUGCCGUUGUUGUCGUCGCCGUCGUCGUCGACGUCGUCGCCAAAUUGAUUGUCGAAUUUGAAUAUCACGCGCGCCGCCGCCGACAGUUCAGCAACCAACGCCAACGUCGUCGCAUCGACAUCGACAUCGCCAUCGCCGUAUCAGUAUCAAUUAGUUGUUAACUAGACGUUGUCGCGCGCUCGCACCUUCAACCAACCGCCCACCACCACCCACUACUUCUCGAUUCACGCAGCAAUCGACCAACCACCACAGCAACAAAUCUCACCGGCGUGUUUGUGUAUGUGUGUGUGUGUCUGGCAAGGAAUACGGAGAGUGCACAAGACCAAAGGAGAGAGUGAGGAGCAAAAACUGUGGCUAAAUAGUUGAAAUUUGUCGAAAUCGAGCCGCAUUGCAAUUCAAUUUAAUUAAAAUUAAUUCAUUUGUCUUCGUCGCUUCGUUCCGUUGCCGUGAACUUGUCCCCGUGAUCGUGAUUAAUGCCUUUUGUUUUUGUUGAGCGCACAAAAGGAAACGAUAAAAGUUAAGUGCGCCUAAAACGCGUCUCCAUAAUCGCAGUUCUAAUGAUCGGUAAUCGUUUAUCGAUUCGGAAAGCUUAGCUCACGUACGAUACCAAUACACGCAUACAUGAUAGACGUGCUCAUAAAUAUGUGCUAAAUUGUGUUAUUGUGCUUUAUUGACACAUUCAUUUUACAUUUUUAUAUGCUAUAAAAUGUUUAUAAAUAAAAAGUAAAUAUUUAAAUACGCUAGACUAGCCACAAACACACACAUUCGUACACACACACAAGCUAAUGCCAAAACACGCAAAGAGCUGCAAGAAGAAAGAGAGAGAGAGAGCACUAACAAGCUGCUAAACAGUUUGUUGCCAAGAAGCCGACCGACAAUUAAACCAAGCAAACGAUUAUUGUGUGUGCGUGUCGCAGUGUGAGUGCAAUUGCCUUCCAAUCAAUACGCAAAGACGUCGGGCAAACAGAAAACAAGCAAACAAUAAUAAUUAAUAAGAACAAACUGGAAACUGCAAAAACAACAACAAGCAGCAAAGUGAGCGCUAUCAGCAACAGCCAUCUAUUAUAAUGAAAGGCAAGAACGCAGCCAAGUGAAGCGAGCUUUUUUUGUUGUCGCGUAUUGAGAGCAGCUUAGACUGUUCACUGCUCAGAGAGCGAAAGCUUGAAUUGAUAGUGCAAAGGAAUUGCCAAAGUGUUACGCUCUCUUUUACUCUCACUUCGACUUACACUUAAAGUUUGAGCGUUUGAA